CCCAAACUUUUUUUUUAUCAUAUUUUCGUCUCCUCUCAAGAAAAUUUCACAAACUCUCUCCCAAAUCUAAAAAAAAGCUCUCUCUCUUUUUCUCAAAAAUCAAAUCAAAGAUGUCGACGACAACAACGACGAAGAAGAUCGUGUUGAAGAGUUCCGAUGGUGAAUCUUUCGAGGUUGAUGAAUUGGUUGCUCUCGAAUCACAAACCAUAGCUCAUAUGGUUGAAGACGACUGCGUCGACAACGGUGUCCCUCUCCCUAACGUUACGAGCAAGAUCCUCGCUAAGGUGAUCGAGUAUUGCAAGAAACACGUCGAGGUUACUGCUUCCAAGACCGAUGCCGCUGAUGGUGCUGCUGCUGGUGCUGCUUCUUCUGCCGCCGACGAAGAACUCAAGACCUGGGAUGCUGAGUUUAUGAAGAUCGAUCAGGCUACCCUCUUUGAACUCAUCCUGGCUGCGAAUUACCUGAACAUCAAGAACUUGCUUGACCUAACAUGUCAAACAGUGGCUGAUAUGAUCAAGGGGAAGACUCCAGAAGAGAUUCGCACAACGUUCAACAUCAAGAAUGACUUCACACCAGAGGAAGAAGAGGAGGUUCGCAGAGAGAACCAAUGGGCUUUUGAAUGAUUCUCUCAUUCAAUCUCUGAUGUUUCGAAGAUCAAACCAAACCAGUCUCCUCAUCUCUUAUGUUUAUCCCCGUUUUUCUUCUUCUAAGUGUUUGAUGAUAUGACUUUGCUUUCUUUUUUUAAUAUUCAUGACUAUGUUCUCUUCUUCUUCUUCCUCUUUGUCUUCUCUGUUAUGGUAUCAAGAACCACCAUUGUCUCUUUACUCUUUUGGAUAAUUUGUGCUUUUUAGUUAUCUUUUAAGAGUGAUUUGCUGGUUUGCCUUA